CUGUGAUUGGUUAAAAGCUUUGUUUUGGUUUUUCGCGGAACACAUGUGAGACACGAUUUUGCUAAAAAAAUCCUUAAAUCUCUUCAAAAAGCAUUAAAAAAUGGGAAAAUUAAACGUAACUGUGUUACGUUACCUCACAAAAGAGGAUUUUCGUGUCCUGACAGCUAUCGAAAUGGGUAUGAAAAACCAUGAAUUGCUUCCCGGAGCACUUUGUGCCUCAAUUGCCAACAUUCGAGGCGGCGGCGUUCACAAAUUGUUACGAGAACUGUGCAAACACAAGCUCGUGACGUACGAAAGAGGCAAAAAAUACGACGGAUAUCGUCUCACAAAUCAAGGAUACGAUUAUUUGGCUUUGAAAACGCUAACGUUGCGUGGCUCUGUCUCGUCAUUCGGCAAUCAAAUCGGGGUUGGAAAGGAAUCAAACAUCUACACAGUCGCAGAUGAGGAAGGAAAUCCUCUUUGCCUGAAACUCCAUCGAUUGGGUCGCGUUUGUUUCCGAAAUGUCAAGGAAAAACGAGAUUAUCACGGAAAAAAGCAUCGUUGCAGUUGGUUGUACUUGAGUCGCAUUUCCGCGACACGAGAAUACGCUUAUAUGACCGCAUUGUACGAAAGAGGCUUUCCCGUGCCCAAACCGAUCGAUUUUAAUCGUCAUUGUGUCGUCAUGGAGCUCGUUGACGGCUAUCCGAUGACAAAUAUCACCGAAGUCGAAAACGUCGAGCAACUUUACGACGAUUUGAUGAAUUUAAUUGUCAGAUUGGGAAAUUGCGGCGUCAUUCACGGCGAUUUUAAUGAAUUUAACAUCAUGAUAACUGAAGAUCAGAAGCCAAUUUUGAUUGAUUUUCCGCAAAUGGUGUCGACAUCGCAUCCGAACGCUCAAAUGUACUUCGAUCGCGAUGUCCAAGGUGUUCGGGAGAUCUUCCGGAAGCGGUUUGGAUACGAAAGUGAGGAUUACCCCAAGUUCGAGGACCUCGAGAGGGAAGAUAAUUUGGAUAACGAAGUGAAAUGCAGCGGAUAUGGCUUCACGCAGGAGAUGGAAGACGAUUUAUUGGAAGAAUAUGGCGUUCUGAAGAAAGGCGAAGAAGACUUUGACAGCGAUGGCGAGUUCAAUUCCGGCUCUGACACGGAAAAUUUCGAUUCUGACCAAGAAAACGACUCAAAACCGGAGUUUACGGAUGCCGAGGUGAAAGAAUUCCAGCAAAAAAUCGAAGAAGAAGUCACAAAAUUAGAAAAACCCGCGAAAAAGAGUACGGGAGUCAUGAAAUAUAUCGAAGAAAUGUCAAAACAACUCGAGCAAAAUGUCCAAUUCGAGAAACCAAUAGCGCCCGAGGAGGAAAAUGACAUUUUUGAAGACACCCUUGAUGUACCUGAGCUCGUUACAGAACCAAAUCCGCCAACAAAAGUCAUUUCAGACAACAAAACAGCAGAAAAUGAUGACGAUGAUGCCCAUUCCAUGAGCAGCAAUGACCUUGAAACGCCCGAACAAGAUGAUGAACUCGCUAAUUUAGAUCCAAACUCGCGUGAAUAUCGCUUUAAAAUGGUGCGAAAGCUUCUUGACGAUGCCAAAAGUAUGCGUUCGUAUUCGACAUCGGCAAGUACAAUCGCGCCGUCAGUCGUAACGGAUCGCGUGAAACGUGGCUUGACUGAACGUGAAAAACGCGAAAACCGAAGGAAAUGCGUUCCCAAAGGAGAAGCAAGUGCAGUAAGGAGAAUGCGAAAAGACAAUGCUGGCGUCGUACGAGAAUAUGCCGGAUGGGAUUUCUAA